AUGAAAUGUAAGGGGACCACGAAGAAGCCACGCGCAUGGCGAUCUGUGACUCCGUACAAAAAGAAACGAUAUUCAUUCACUUAUUAUUUAAAGUAUGUACUGUGGAAGAAAAUACGUCGGUACUGGAAGAAGAAGAGAUCGAAGAAUAAGAAGAAAAAGGCCAGAGGGACUGUGUCUGUCCUAAGCAAUCCGGGAAGUGAUGAGAAAAUCGAGCGGAGGGACUUCUGGGGCUCCAAGUACGGUUCCCAGUGGCUGUUUGCUAAGCACAAGCAACAGCAACAGGUGAAUCAUCACCAUUUGAUUGAGAUUGUUGAUGCCUUCAAGACGACGGAUCUCAAGUAUGUCAACAGGCACAGUCCACCAAGGAUGCAUCGGUUGCACCAGCCAAGUUGUUCGGGGACACAAAGACAGAAGGAAAGAAGUCCGCGAUGCAGUGACUGUCCCUGCAUUCGAAGGCAGAUUCGGCCGUGUCGUUACGAGGAUGGCUGUGAUUCGGACUGCAGCGAGUGGUCAUUGUCGAGUCUGAAUCUCCAGCAGAAAGUGUAUUCCCGCUGGCCACCCAAAGUGCCGUCUGAUGCCGCACGCGGCCUCGACAAAGGAGAGAAGAUCGCGACGAUACUGGCACGGCAACACGCUUACGUCUACAAUUGGCUCUACGUGGAUAAGCUGCAAAGUCGAUGUAGGCUGUCCAUGUCUAGAGAUUACUUAGACAAGGUGCGAAUGAAGGUGUCUCGCCUGAAGAAAUCUUCCUCUCGCCACCGCGAUGUGAGUGAAAUGUCUUGUUGUAGUGCUAACAGUGACUGCAGUAGUACAUUGAGCAGGAGGCAAAGGGCUAAGAUUAUUAAGCGACAAAUAAGGGCCAAAGAAAAAGCUUCAAUUCUCUGGUUGCUAUCAAAGGCUUUUAACGGUGAUAUUCCUAAUGAUUUAAGAGAGCCUUUUUAUAGAGACCAUGAUAAUAUCCGUAGAUUAAAGCCAAAGAUUGUUCACUCCCUUGCCACUGCUGAAUUGUACUGCCUAGCCCUAGUCAAUAUUUUUUCUGAUCCUAACUAUCACAACCUUGAUCAUCAAGGAAUAAUUCAAGCUUUGUUGAGAGGAGGUGUGUGUUUAACGGAAACAAGAGAAGCCUCGCUUACGGAAACAAUCUUGGUUCAAACUGCCCCCAUAAGAUUGACUGCUCACAUGGCUGUAAUUGAUGGCAUCAUGUUCCUCUUUAUCAAAGAAGUUUUAAUUCCAGAAAAAAUAGUUGAUGUUGUGAGGAAACUUACUGUAGUUGAUGUGAAAAGCGAGAUGCCUAGAAAUGCUGAAGAAGCAGGUAUUUUAUGGAUAAAUAAAUGUUGUAAAGCACUUGAACAGGAAAUUAAAUCUGAAUGCAGUGUGGAUGAGCAGACAAAAUUACCGAAAAUCCCCAUUUUAAAAGACAUUUCAGAUAUUAGUGAUGGAUGUUGUCUUGCUGCUGUUAUUAGUUAUUACUGUCCUACUUACUUAAGGUGGCAAGAUAUAUGUUGGAAUGAUCCAAUGAGUUUAGGAGACAGUAUUUAUAAUUUACAGCUAAUAAAAAAGUUUUGUUCUGAGGUAUUGCCAAAAGAAAUCAUUUUUUUAACGUUAGAAGACCUUCUUUAUCUUCAUUCUUCUAUAAAGGAAAAUGUUUUAGCCCUCAUCUCAGAUUUGUUAUAUAUGUUCUGCAUCUUCAGAGCGAGCUGUGUUACGCUAAAAAAGAAAGCAGCUGUAAAAGAACCUAGUCAUCUUCCCUUAGAAAAUUCAAAGUCCCUAAGCAACUUCCCAAGUCAUAAAAGUCAAGUACUCUGUAGUCCUAUACCAAAUUUAAGAGCCGAUUCCUAUGGUGGGUCCACUUCAAGUUUGCCUGAUAUUAGAUCUAGCAAUAAAGGAAGGACAUAUAGUAGCAAAGAAAGGUUAAAUGAAAGAACACUAGCAAGGAAAUCAAACUUAUCCAAUGAAGAUUUGGGACCUAAUCAACUACAAAGGACAAAUUCAGCUAAAUUGGUUAAUGGGUGGAAAAGUCCAAACUUACCUUUUGUAGAUUCUGGAGAGUCGAUAUCUGCAAGCCCUAGGCAUGUUUGUCAAGAACUGACAAGGCCUGCCGCUGAAGGAGAAAGUGCCAGUAGCAAUCUAUCUCAUCCUUCUACACGCAGUACUGAAGAGUUGUGCCUAAACAAGAAUGUGUGCCAUAAUGCAAGAACAGAUGCAUUUUCUCAGAACUCUCCUCAAAGGGAAAGUACAGGCUAUGGACUUCGCAAGUUUAGUGAGGGUCUUCUACACAGUGGAAGCCAUGUCUUCAAUGGUGUUCAAGAGCAGAGCAGAGGACGGAAAAGCCUUGAAGAUUAUUAUAAUCAACUUGCAAAUAGUGAUGUUCCGUUAAGAUCUAUAUCAGCCACUAAUGUAUCAGAGAAUAAAAAAUGGAGGAAUGCUAGUCCUGAAAAGUUUUCUCCUAAAAGUCAGGCUGGUGAAAGUAUUCCAGGAUCUGCAAGUUCACAGAGCUCAGGAAUUUGUUUAAGUGAUAUAGACUCUAAAAAUAAUUUUUCUACUACUAGCUUUGCACAACUUUCAAAAUUGAGGGAUAACAGUAGUCACUCCAUUAACAUUGUAUAUACUCCUCAUGAAAAAGAAAUGAUGGACAAAGAGAAAACCCCUUCAUCUCCAGUUACCAAAAAGACAGACGUUGAAGCCAAAAAAACCACUUUUGCUGCUUUGCCAAACACAACAACAUGGCAGCAACAACAUGCUGUAAGCUCAAAUUUUCCGCAGACAGACUCUGGUCAUGAAACGCCUACAGAAGCAGUUGAUAACUUAUUAAAUGUGCAAUUGUGCAAUAUUAAAAUGAGACUAGAGGAAAAAAAGAGAAAAAUAGAAUUGAAAAAAAAGCGCAUGGAAUUAAUGUGGAAAAAGCAGCGGCAAAAACUAUUAAAAACUGCUUUCUUACAAGCUGUUAGUAAGAAUCCUAAUGCAGAAGCUGGUACACCUGAUAGUGGUACUGGCAAAGAAGUAACAGAAGUUGAUUUUCUACCACCACAAGAAAUAUCUGUGGCUACAAUUACUAACUCAUCCACUAUGGUGAAAAGAAUGUCUAUGCAAGAAAUUGCAGAGGAUCUUGACAGUGUGCAAAAAAAAUGGCUUCACCAUAUUGAUGCAAUUGAGCAACUUACUAUAACAGAUAAUGCUAAUGAUUUAGGAGCAGCGUCUACCGAUGAUAGUGACACAAUAAACAUUGAUCUUCAAACUUCUAUUGAGCAGCUAAAUACUAGUCUUACAGAUUUACAGGCUGAUAUUUCUAGAAUAUCACUUCAACAAGAACAGGUUGAAAACCUCAUGAAAGAUAGUAUUGAUGAUGGUUCUCAUUUCUUUCUUCAUGGAAAUUCAUCAAACAGUGAUCUGAAUUCUCCGAGAAAACCUUCAUUUUCUUUGCCUCCUUGUUCUAAUCUAACAAGUACACCUGCUCCUGAAGAACUGUAUUCUAAAGUAUAUAAACCAGAAAAAUAUCAAAAACAAACUGCUUCACAUUUACGGUCAAGCAUAGCCCCAUCAAGCAAAAUGUUGCCUACUGAAAACACUGUUGCCAUAUCAAAUGAUUAUUCAAAAAAGCCGGGAAAGUCUAAACCAUCUAAUGAGAUUCACAUUGUAUUACCUAGUGUUCCAGAUCCUAAAUGUGAUGAACAUUAUUUCCCCAAAAAGUCAAAGGAGGAGAAGAAAGGGUUUUAUAUUCCUAUUGAAAAAGAGGUAAAGAAAACAAAACAUAAAGUAUUUAAAAAUGUAAAAAUCACUUCAGAUUCUUCUGUGGUGCCAAAAAUCAUAUCUGACAAAAAAGUGCCAAAAGAAGUUACUGAAGAUUCUAAUGCUUUUGGUUUUGUUAUUGGUGCUGAUUUGGUGCAUCCAGAUCCGGAUACUGAAACAGAAAUGGCACGUAAAAAGGAAAUGAUUAUGAACUUAUCUAUUCAAAGAAAAGCUGAAUAUGAGAGAAAAAGAGCACAGAAAGAGCAGGAGUAUGCUAGGUUAAAAGAGGAAGAAAGGAAAAAGCAGGAAUACCAAGAGAAAAAGAGGGAAGAAGAAAAACGGAGAAGGGAAGCAAUCCUUGAGCAAUAUAGACAAAGGAAAAUACAAGAAGAGCUUGAAAAAGAGGGAAUUAUUCCACAUAAAGAAGGGAAAUUUCAUGCAAAGUCUAGGACAAGUGAUCAAGUUAAGAAGAAUAAUAAUCGACUUAGUGCCAACUUUACAAAACCUGUUGUGGAGAUUAGAAAUCAAUUAUCUUCUUUAAAACCAAACAGGAGGGAAUCCAAACCACGACCAAAGUCUGCUUAUGUACAUAUGAACAGUGAUUUAGCAUCCUUAGUUUCUAUGGGCUGCAGUGCAGCUAAUAAAAGAAAUUCACAAAUUUUUCCUGUUUCUGUGAAAGACAUGCAAGAAUUUGAUUUGGAUUCCUUAAAUAGUGCCAGUACGUCAGCAUCAUCUCAUGAUCGACCAAAAAGUCCAAACCACUUCUUUCCUCCUCGGCAUACCAAUUUACAGCUUCCAGAAGGUAGUGGUCCAUCGAGUGAUGGUGCUUCAGACACAGCUUCCAAUGGCUCUUCGGCGGCUGCUGGCGAUUAUACCGGCCCUAAGCUGUUUGUGAAGCCAACUGCUAAAUCUAAUCGAAAUAUAAUUAUCAAUGCUAUAAAUACAGUAUUAGCUGGUGCAGUUAAUGCAGACACAAAGAAAAAAGUUAUAGAGGAAAUCAACAGGUCUGAAAGCAAGCAUUUCUUAAUACUGUUUCGAGAUGCAGGAUGCCAGUUUAGAGCUAUAUAUACGUACAAUCCUGAAAGGGAAGAGGUUUUAAAAUUGUUCGGUAUAGGACCAAAAAAUAUUACAGAUAAAAUGAUGGACAGGUAUUAUAAAUACAACUCUGGAGGAAAGUGUUUUAGUGAAAUACAGACCAAGCAUUUAACUGUUACCAUUGAUGCCUUCACAAUUCCAAAUAGUCUAUGGGCUGGAAAAAAGGUUAUUCCACCAAGGAAAGAAUUCUUUUGAAAUUCUUGUUAAAAUUUGAAUAUUUUACUGCUCAUGAGAAAAUACCUAAUCACAUAUGCCUUAGUCUUAAAGUGUGCCAAUAAUGCUGAAUCGAAUCGAAUAA